UCUAAGUAAUGUGGGCCGCUAUGAGGUCCACAUUCCAUCGCCAUUACCGACCUCUCAAUCGCUUCAAAUCCCCUCUCUCUCUCCCUCAUCAUCUUGUCCCCAAAGCCCCCCUCUAGCUCUUAUCUCCUACUCUCUCUAAAAACACAGAACACGAAUCGAUCUUUCAAAGCUUUUGUUAGAGAUCGGUUUGAGGAAAUUCAGUUGAGAAAUCAUGGCACAAAAGACGGAGAAAGAAGAGACGGAAUUCAAAGUACCUGAAACCUUGACGCUUUGCGUCAAUAAUUGUGGAGUUACCGGCAAUCCGGCUACCAAUAACAUGUGCCAGAAAUGUCUUAACACGACCACGGCAAGCACCACCAACAGCAGCGCGUCCACUGUGUCCGGAGGUGGAGUAUUGAAAUUCUCUUCAUCAGGCGAGCUGAGCCCGAGAUCCAGCCCGAAACGAGCGGCGAGGCAACCGGAUCCGUCCCUGGAGGUAAUGGGCAGGCGGACUCCUGAUCGGGCGGAAUCUGGUGUGGCGACGGAGAAGGAGAUGGACAAGAGAGUGGUGAACCGGUGCUCUGGUUGCCGCAGGAGAGUCGGUCUGACCGGCUUUCGGUGCCGAUGCGGGGAGCUCUUCUGUUGGGAACACCGGUACUCCGACCGACACGAUUGCAGCUACGAUUACAAGGCAGCUGGUCGGGAGACGAUCGCGAGAGAGAAUCCGGUCGUCAAGGCCGCGAAGAUUGUCCGGGUCUGAGUGGUUUAGUGAAAAAUUCAAAAGCCAUCCGUCGCUGGUCGACGGAAUACAAGUUAGAGAUUCCGCAGAGUGAGGACCAAAGAAGAAGAAGAAGAGAGAUCGAUUUGGAGAGAUAAAAAUAUGAAAUCUAACAUGGUUUGCUAUUCAUCGAAGAUCAAAAUCUCUCCGAUUGUUCUUGUUGUGCAAUUGAUCCAUAAUUUUUCAAAAUUUCAUCUGCUAGGAAAAUAGAGUAUUGUGGUUUUUGGCUUUCGUUUGUUAAACUAGAUCAUUAAUUAGAAUUAAAAUUAUUAUUGUAAUUUUCAGAAAUGUAUGUAAAUUAUAAGCAAAGCUAAAACAUUUUGAGAAACUUUCUUUCCACAA